GAUGUUGACUAAGCGAGGCCUCCCAUGGUUGAAGCAAAUUAAAGAGUCGCAUGGUUCUGUUGCUCUCACAACUAUGGUUCAAGUUGAAGCAAUCAAUUCCUCUGGUGUUUACUACAUUGCAGACAACGAAAAAACUAAAGAAAGUAAACAUGUAGACAGUGAAUUGUGCCUUGAGAAUUUGGUAUCCCUUGUUGUUCCUAAAGACGAAAUUAAGAACCGGGACGAAAAGAUUUAUAGCUUAGAAGAAAUAAAGGAUGUUCAAAGUAAAUUAAUGUUGAUUGCUGGGAAAGCAGAAAGUGGAAAGGACGAAGUUGACCAAUUUAACCAGGUUUGUAUUGCAGGAAACAAUGAUGAUUGAGAAAAAUAUAAAUAUAAAAAUUAAAAUGCAAUACUGAUGGCUGCAAUUCUGUUGCACUGUGGUGUUGAUUAGUGAGCUUUGAAAAUUCAAUCUGAGAGUAUAUAUAUAUAUGGGAAAUGGGAAAUUGGAGAACACUAUUGAAUUCACCAUAAAAAUCGGCAUCUUCUCAUGGUAAACAUAUCUAGUCUAUUUAAUAAAGAAAAAAUUUUAUUGUGUAUUUACCUCCCAGGUACAAUAGAAUUUUAUUUGGGUUCAAUGGCUUUAUACCUCUUGUAUGAUGCUUCAUGGUGAUCAAAUCGUCAUCAAUCCCGCUUUUGGCUAAAUGUGGUAAAAGUUUGAGCGCAAAAUUCAAUGCCCAAAUCGCAGGAAAUGGCAUUUCCCGGUUCAACUCGAAUCUCCUAGGUGGCAUGAAGUUAGCAUGCCCAAGUCAUUUGAGCUGGCUUCGCCACUGAAGCGAAUGAAGAGUUAUCAUCACCAUUUAACAGUAAUGAUCAAAUCAGUAAUUCUACAAUAUCUACAUGCAAUAUUUGGUUUUAAUAUUUCAGGUUUUUGAAGGAAUACUCAGAGUAAGUAAGUUGUACUUGCAACUUUGUGAAGUUGGCGAGAUCAACUACAUAACAUGGAAAAAAGAAUUUCAGUGCAGUAAAAAUGAAGGCUGUAGAGAAAUGUUGUUAAAGAACAUUGAUGAAACCUGUGAAACAAUGGAAAACGAGUUGAAGGAGUGGGAGAAAACUGUCAAUGAUAAAAGACACAAGUGCUAUUCUUUAAACCAUUUUACAAUGAAACAGAUUUUGAAUUUGAGAAAAGAGUUAGCAAAAGCUUGCAUUGGCCAGGUGCCGGUCGACGAACUACCAUUACAGACUUUUAUGCUCCUAGAAGCUGUUAACAAGACUAUUGACCCUUUGCUUCUUGCAAAUGUUUUAAGAACAAUCAUACCUGAGAACUCAAUAAAACUGACAGAAGAUAGUUUUAAAGAUGAACAAAAAUAUUUUGCAAGCGACAUAGAAGGUAAGAGAACUCUGCCGGAAAAUGUCGAAGAGGAAGUAGAUAUAAUUCAGCCAAAAAAGCGAAGACGGAUGAAUUCACUUGAAACUCUUACUAGUGCAAAAGAGACUCUUGAGAAUAUGUCUAUGACUCUAGUAAAUACUGAAGAUUAUUUACUAGCUGCUUUACAACACUGUGGUCGGCGUGCAACAAAAGCUGAUCUUAUUACUUGGGUUGUUUCUCAUGAAAACGACGAGGACGAAACUGUUAAGAUGUUGUGUGAAGAAGCUAGGAAAAACCCACGCCUCUCAGAUUUAGUCUCUGUGUUUGAGCCAGAAGGCCAGACUGUAAAUGACGAAGAAAUGAUUGAAUUUAAAAGGUAAACUUUAUUUAUCUUAACUAUAUGCACGGUUGGUUUUUAAUAACGGCACUUUAAAAACUUUAAUUAUAUAAACAUACUCGUUCAAGAAAAGAAAGAAUGCAACAGCAUUUCGAUUGUAAAAAAGUAAAAAAAAAAACAGAAUGCUUUUUACAAAGGGAAAGACUGUACAGGUUUAAUGAUAUAGUUGAAAACGAAAAUAAAAACAUUUUAACGUGCAACAUAAACUCUCUCGUAAAGGAAACAAUGUGAGAAAAAUACAUGGCUGCCGUAUGCUUGCAUUGAGUAAUGUAAAUACAUUUAAUGUGAAAAUACAUAGGUUCUAAAUAUAUAAAUAUACAAAUAUAUAAAUAUAUAAAUAUACAAAUAUAUAAAUGUAAUAUAUUUAUCAAUGUUUACGUAUUGUCUGUAGGGAAAUUGAAAGUCCAAAAAUUGUCCCAAAGCCUGAUAAACCAUAUGUGGAUAACAGAGAAGAUACUUAUCUCACGUUGGAAAUUGUAGCUGCCAUAUUAGAAAAACUUUCAAAAUCAGGUAAAAAGCAUUCAUUUAGUGCUGUACAUUCGGUAAAAUUUCUAUUUUUAACGUCUGGGUGGGGGUGGAGGGGGGGGGGCAAUUAUGUUUAAUAACAAUUUGUACAUUUAAUCAAUUUAUUUUCAUGGUGUGUGAUAUUUACAUUAUACAGAGUAUGUAGAAAACAGAAUGCAUCUUCAAUGAUUUUUGGAACACUACACCUUAUAAAACCAUUUAGUCUUACAUAUUUUAAAGCUUGCUAUUUUUUCUUCUUUGGAAAAAGGUUGUAUUUGUAUCGCUAGACCAACGUAACAACUGCUCAAAAGAAAAUUUAGUAGAACCUUUUGUUUUAGGAAGCCGUUCAAUAAUACAAUUUUACUGUUAUUUCAUAGUCGCGCUUUCAUAACAGGAAAACUAUCGAAAGAAGUGCGUAGAAAGCUGUAGUUACUGCAAUCGUGGCCAAAACUUUGUGAACAACCCACAGACAUUGGUCUCCAAUGCCGUUUCUCGAAAUAAAUAUCCCUCGCUCCCCCAAGUCAAUGUUCAAUGGAAUUUUUCAUUAAAUCAGAGUUGGGGGACGGGAGGUAAAGUCAAGUUUUAGCUCUUUAGGAUUUUUGUAAAAAACGUGUCCACGUGAAUUUUGACCUGGAUUAUAGGUUUUCAUGAACUAUUUCCAAAAUGUUCAAAUUCUUCUCGUUUUGGUGGCAAAAUAGGCGAAUGUUUAAAAUUGUUUAUUGUAUCUCAUAUUUUCUGCGAACCAAUCGCUCAAAUGUAAAAACAGUCCACCAUGGGAAAGCUACAUGGCUAGGUUUUAAAACGGACUAAACAUUACAAUUUUGCUGUUUAAAUAUUUGAGAAAUUUACCUUUGAAUCGCGGAUUGUGUUUUUAUACACCCUGCACAUAUGUAUACACGUGUAAAAUUCACAAGCUGCUAUUAUAUCAAACUUCAGAUUAAAGGUGAUUUAUUUGUGAUACAUUGGUUAUUGCAAUGAUUUUGUGUGGCAAAACCAGGGUAAUUAUAGGGGUUUUAAUAAGGGUGCUAGAAUAUCUAUGUUAAAAUUACAUACAGGCGUUUGUGCAUGUGUGUUUUGAUGUUAUGUACUCGACAGGUGAAUAUAAUGUUUUUGAGAUUACUCUGAGUGUAUAUCCACACCGGGCAAGCUGAAAAGUUAUAGCCUGACCACGGCGGAAAUCGAACCCGCGACCUUUGGGAUACUGUAGCUACUACACUGCAAAAAAUCAAUUUCUUGUUUUAAGAAAAUAUUACUUAUUUUAAGCACAAAAUUACUUGUUUUAAGAAAAUUUUACUUGUCCCGUGGGUAAGUAAAAUAUUCUAGGUAAGAAUCAGAUUUCAAGAAAAUUUUUCUUAAAAUAAGAAAAUUAAUCUUGGUUAGAACAAAAUUCUUGGUAAGAAAAUUUUUCUAAUUUUGUCCCGUGGGUAAGUAAAAUUUUCUUAUCAAGAAUAUUUUUCUUAUUUCAAGAAAACGUUCUAGCAAAAUUUUCUUAUUUCUAGAAAAAAAUUCUUAGUUUCCCAAGAAUUAUUUUCUAGUAAUAAGAAAAUUUUGCUAAAACGUUUUCUUGAAAUAAGAAAAAUAAUCUUAAUAAGAAAAUUUUACUUACCCAUGGGACAAAAUUAGAAAAAUUAUCUUGAAUUGAAAUCCUGCUAAGAAAAUUAUUCUAGUUCGAUCCGGUGUGCAUGGCUUUUAAAGUAUUUUUCUUAAAUGACAAUAUGAAACUAGAAUAAUAAUCUUGGCAUGAUUUUUUGCUGUUGUCAUCCUACAAUAUAAAAACAAUUAAGAAUGUUUAAAAUAAUAUAUUUACCAGCUAUACAUGAAUAGGUUAUUAAAGUAAUUACUGAUAGAUAAAUGUAAAAGUUCUCACACGUAGCAAUAUUGUUCAAUUUCUUAAAAAGCCUUUACCAUGUCAGACUGCUGAGUCUGGAUGGGUAGUCUAAGUCGAGCAGGUACAGUAGAACAACGCCAGGAAGUAAAGAUGGCUUUUACAGUUUCGCUAUUCUCGAAUGUUGCCAAUAGCUCCAUGUCAUGAUCAGCCCUGAUACAGUAUGUCAUUGGGUCUCAUUUGCAGCUGGCCAGGUAGUCAAGUCUGUGUCUCCUUCCUUUUGAGGAAAAAAAACACAAAAAUAGUUUUGGUAACAACUACACAACCCUCAUUAAUUAACAGCUUAUGUUUUCACUAACAAGCUCAGGGGUGGAAAAAAUAUUUUACUUUCUGGGACCGCAAAAAGUUCAUUGAAAAAUUUUCUGCAAAUGAUCAAGUAAAUCGACACUCGGCCAAUGUAACUGUGUGACACCUGUAAUAAGUUGUCAAACUGGAUGUCAUGCUACAUGUAUAUUUACAGAAAAAAAAUAUUUCAGUGCACCGAGAAUCUUAAAAUAUAACAUAAAGCUAAUAUAGAUAACAUGCAUCAAGGAUCUGAUCCUAAAGUAAAUACAGAUGCAAAAUUGGCACUGGGGGCACUAUCAGGUGGAUCCAUGCUCUAGCUCCCAGAAAAUUUUGAAAUCAAGUGUCCCAGAUUGGCUAAAAAUGCAUUUGCCAUACAACAAUUGUUACAUCAUUCUAUAGUCUAAUACAUUUAUACACUAUCGCAAAACUAUCGCACUAUUAAGAUGGUUGCACUUAUAAUUGCAUUUCUGAGGUCAUGGUGUUAAUUUUCCUCUGAAUUUCUCCUUUUAUCUGAAUUAUUACAAUUUUUUCUUUCUUGGGGAAAUAUUUUCUGGGAACUCAAAAAAUUUCUGGGACCAAUGGUCCCGUGGUCCGAUACUUUUUCCACCCCUGAACAAGCUAUCCCCUGGGGUUAUAGACAGAGCGAAAUACUAUGAUGGAUGGAACAAGAGACACUGGCAGAUAGUUUUUGUUAGCCCAUAUUAACUUUAUCUCAACUAUAGGAAAGCUCAAAACUAAGAAGAUGUAUAUGUACAGUGUACACUAAAUUUGAUUCAGGCCUUACUAAAUGAAUUUUAUAAAAUGAAACUAUAACCUCACCUCAACAAAGUUUAUGAUGUCCAGUUUGCUCUUAGCAGGUUGACUUUUUGAUUUGAAGAGUGAAUUAAAUGUUCUUCAUUAGGUGAAGUACUUUCUGUAGAAUUACAUACAUAAAAAAUAAUAUUAAUUAAGUUACCGGUACAUUUUUAAUAAAAGCAUUGUGAUAUUUUGAGAGCUAAAAAAUGCAAUUUUGAUUUUUCAUAUCAUUUAUUAGUUACCGGUACAGCAUAAACCAAAAUGCAAUUUUCAUUUAUUAUUUUCUAUUAACGACACCUAAUGUCGGUGCUAAUCAGGGGUGGAAAAAAUAUUUUACUUUCUGGGACCGCAAGAGAACAUUGAACAUUUUCUGUAAAUAGUCAAGUAAAUGGACAUUUGGACACUGUAAUUGUGUGACACUAACAAGUUGUCAAACUGGAUGUCAUGCUAUAUUUCACAGGAAAAAAUAUUUCACUGGAAAUAAUAUUUCACUAAGAAUCUUAAAAUAUAACAUAAAACUGACAUGCAUCAAGGGUCUGAUCCUAAGGGUAAAUACAGAUACCAAAAAAGCUAGGGCACUUUUAGGGGACACUAUCAGGGAGAUCAUGCAUGCUCCCCCCCCCAAAAAGUUUGUCCCAGAUCAACUAAAAAUGCAUUUGCCAUACAACAUUUUUUACAUCGUUCUAUAGUCUAAUACAUUUAUACACUAUCGCACUAUUAAGAUGGUUACACUUAUAAUUGCAUUUCUGAGGUCAUGGUGUGAAUUUUCCUCUGAAUUUCUCUUUUUAUUUGAAUUAUUACAAUUUUUCUUUCUUGGGAAAAUAUUUUCUGGGAACUCAAAAAAUUUUCUGGGACCAAUGGUCCCGUGGUCCGAUACUUUUUCCACCCCAGGUGCUAAUGAAUCCAAUGUUGGUACCGGUACUCUAAUUAAUAAAAAAACAAAAUGAUAUCAUUUAAUUACCAGAUCACUGUUCAUGUGGUGGCUUCAUAACUCCUUUUGAAAUGCCAUGAUAGUAAAUAAGUUGGUCCAAUUGGUCAAUCAGCUGCUGCUUUUCACAAUUCCUCAUGUAUGCACUUUCUUCUGCUUCUUUGGAUUGAUUGAGGCUCCUCCGAUCUUCUUCAACAACCUGCAGACAUAUUGAUGAGUGAUAAUGUAAAUUUUUUGAAAAUAACUGCAUACCUUAUUCCAGAGUUUUUAUUACCAUGACACUGUAGCUCAUAUACUUUACUCAGUAGACAGUGGUAUAUCUUUACUUUUUUGACCAUUUGUCAUCAGGGCAAGUUCAACUUGCCAAGUUGGAUAUGAAAAUUAGUUGCCGUGAAUAAAAUUCACUUGCCAUGAGACAAUGGCCACUGGGGUACCCAGGUAGGGGCUAUAAAUUAAGGGGACAACAUGUCAACACAUUCUUCCACUGCUCUAGAUGGCUAUGUUAUACUGCUUCAGACCUGGCUGUGGCCCACAGAAAAACAAAAUUUGAAUCCAUGCACAAGUACAACAUGCACUGCAUAAAAAAUUUAUCUGGCAAUGAAAACAUAAACUUGAUGCCCAGCUUUUUGUGACAAUGAUAUUCACUUGCCCCGGGCAAGUGUUAAAUUACAACUGUGUUACUUAUUGAAAGCAUAAUGAUAUAACUUGGCAUCCUUAACCAAUUAUACAAAACAAUGGACACUCCGAAAACAGUUAACAUUAGUCGAAACAACUAGUCGAAACGUCGAAUCAAAAUGUUAACCGUUUUCGGAGUGUCCAUUGUUUUGUAUUUUUUAAAAUUACUCAGUGGUAACCGUAACUUUUAACCAAUUAACCACCAUCACUCUCCCACUCACAAAUAAAAUUGUGUGGCAUUAGACUGGAAUACAAUAAAGGCUGCGAUGCAACUUCAUGGGUUAAAAUUUGACAUUUUGACUGUGGGACCAUGAUUCUCGGACUCAAAUUGACCAUAAUGACUCAAAUUUUCCCAUGAAAGGAAAUAAGUAAUUUAUUUGUAAUCAUUCUAUUAUGUAGGAUAGAGUUUAUAACAUGAGAAAGAAUUUUUGCAGCAAAAACCAUUAGAUUGGUAUAAAAUGUAACAGCGAUGGUGUUGGUAUUUGUGAUUUAAUAUGCUAUUGCCUCAUAUUCCAGAAAACAUUCAUAUGGUUAUGAUUUAACCUCAGUUGUAUGUGAGAUAAGUGCUACUUGUUUCAGUAACCCGUUGAGUGAUGGCACUGACAGGUAAAAUCAUCUGACAUUAUACGGAGUAAAACAAUAAAGUUGUGGCACAAUGCAGCUUAUGCAAUGUACGGCCUAGUGUAAUAUCCCGUUAACACCCCAUCUCAUCUAGCUUGCAAUAUGAACUCUAUCGACUGUUUACGGUAAAGUGAAUUAUUCUACUUCUUUCUGGCCUAGGCAGGGUCCCAUUAUUUGUUGCCGGGAUUGCAUCUGCCAGGACGAGAAAUUCUUAUACAAGCACUCUAUCAUCCCUGCCAGGCGGAGAGGCGGGGUGUAUUCCGUCUAUAUAUUAAACACACCAUCCUGGAUUAAAACCUCCUGUCCAGCCAUGCCAUUAUCACAUAAACAGGCACAAUAUAUCACACAUAUAUGCAGGGUUAGACAUGAGUGACAAAACUGGCGUUAGACAAGCGAAAAAAAGUAGGGCGCACUGGGGCACAUUCCAGCUCAAUGCCAAUGGGUUAAAUAUAAAGUCAACAUUUACAUGCUAUAAACCAAGAAAUAUGCACUGAACUGAUAAUCUAAUAUUAUAAUCAAUUCUAUAUUUUGGGUUAACAAUUUUAUGAUUCAGAUAGAUAACAUUGUAAUUGUAAGUUUAAUACUCUCAAAUAAUUUUCAUGUUUUGGCUAAUAAUAGGCUUGAAGCAAUCAGCAAGUAAAUAUUAUUCAUAUUCACAUAUUGUUGUAUAAUAUACUAUGUGGGUUCAAACAUGCUUUCUCCAGUUUUGUCAACCAAGUGGCAAGUGUAACCCAGUAUUUACUAUGUGUUUAUUCAAAAUUUGAAUUGUUGAUUUUAACUAAUAUUUGACGGAAUUGAAAUGAAAUAAUUCAAUAUAUAAAACCUCUCGCGCGCAAAUUCAAAUUUAGCAAUAGCAGACAGCCACAACAGGCUCUAACAGCCACAAGAUAAAAUGAGUAAAUACGGUCGAUUACGUUAUAAUUAUACGCUAUAAACAGUAAUAUUUCAUACCUGAGAUCAAUAAGCCUUCGGCAGGAUUCGGAGUCACUUAUCCAGAACCAAAUAUGAUAAAAAACACGAUAUUCUUGAGCGAAAUAUGCUCAAACGAAAAAGUCGAAAAUUUGUAAAUCACACUUGAUACUUGAUAUACGAUAUCCCACAACUCAUUGCGCGCGUGGCCCUUGUCUUCUAAAAUACAUACACCAAAAAGCGCUCCCAAUCUAUCGCUAGCUUGAAACUAUAGGAAGCAUUUAUAAUCUGGCCAAAAAAAUGAUUAUAAAAAAAUGAUGAAAAUUCUUAUAAGCGAAUAAUGAGACAUAUUUUCUAAAAAAAUUAUAUGCCAAUUGCAAUAAUAUAAAAUUUUUAUCGUUUAACGUAUCGCAUGUCAUAACAUUUGACAGCAUUAACCGUGAUGUCAUAACAUGUCGGUGAUAUUUACGCAAAAUCUUGGGUAAAUUUACACUUCAUUUUUUGCGGUGGAUCAUACCAUCUUCAUUAAAGCGUAGAUAGACGAUUGUUGCAAAUGAUUUGAAUUCAUAUAUAAUUGUUAUUUUUCAAUAGCAGCAAUUCAUUGGGCAUAUUCAAAUUCAUUGUGAUAUCCGCCAUGUUGAAACUGCGACAAUUAGGACAGAGCCGUUCAGCUUCAAAUUUGACAAAAAAAGUGAAAGAUAUACAAUAUUACAAUUAGGUUUAUUCAAUUCAAUAUCAUAUCUCGUUUUAGCCAUGCAAAAGUUGCCAAAAGAAAGGUUUUGAUAUAUGCGAUAAAUAAUAUUAAACUUUAUUUCAAGAUUGUUUUUCUAAUUAUAAGAAUAUUAUUCUAGGAUGGAAAAAUGUUAUUCUUAAAAUAAGAAAAAAUUUCUCUCGAAUAUUCUUGCCCAGUUAUAUUUUCUUAUUUUAAGAUUUUUGUUCUUAAAACUAGAUUUUUUUUCUUGAAAUAUUUCUUGAUAAGAAAUAUUUACUUAAAAUAAGAAAAAUAAUCUAAAAAAUAAGAAUAUUAUUCUAGACUAGAAUUUGAUUUUUUGCAGUGUAGUCCAAUGCUUUGCCAACUGAGCUACGAGGCCAAGUCUGUUCGAGUGUGUGGUAUUUCGGAACUACGUCUAGUACCUUCGAUACCAAUGUGCAUGUUCUAUGAUCAUGAUUUUUUUGUGUGUGUUCCCGCUGUGAUCAGGCUAAGUUUUCAGCCUGCCCGGUGUGGAUAUACACUCAGAGUAACAUCAGAAACAUUAUAUCAUCUAUUAGUUAUGAAUUUUUGUAUUUUGUUAUACGUCAAUUGCUUUCAAUAACUAUUUUCUUUAUUUCUAUAGAAUCUGACUACUUUCGGCGGAAGUUACCAUCGGCCUUAAAGGAAGGUGAACCUAACUUGUUACUUGUUCCAAAAGGUAUGCAAAAUUAUACGUUUUCAAUUCUUAUUCUUUUGAAUCGGAUCUCGACCAUUGGAAUGUAGACCUGCGCAGAACGUAUGCACAGAACAGACUUUACGGCAUCUUUAAAUUUAUUUCAAAACAGCGAAAAUUUGGUGGCACAACCUGUAACGUGACAAAAUUUGUGUUUAUAGAAUACUGAAGGAGCAAAGUCUGUGUUUGAAAAAAAAAUACAAAGUUAACACUUCGAAAUAAAGGUCGUAGAAAAUCUGAUUACUAGGUUUAUCUGUUUUUGGAACACUUUGAAAACCUAAAAAUAAUAUUUUGAAACUAUUAUAGCAAAAUACAGUACAAAAUGUUUAUUCUGAUGCCUGUUUUCUGCGUAUAGCCUUCAUCGUACAAAUUACACUUACACACAUGUCGAAACUUGCCAAAAUUAAGCGUUUUCUCAAUUCUUUUGGCGAGUUUUAUUCUAUUGGUAAAAACUUGAAAGAAAAGCACUUCUUAAUUCUGACCUACUAACAUUUUGGUGGCACAACCUGUAUCUAUGAGAAAAUUAACGUGAAAAACAAGCAAUUUUAGCAAAAUACCCGCAAUUUGCAAGCUUCAAGGGAAGCGGCCAAGUUUGGACCACGCAGGGCUAACUGCAAAUUGUUUUGGCUACCUGCUAAAAAACUAAAUAGAUAGGCAUGUUCCUGCUCGAGAUUAUUUGCCAUAAAAGAUAAAACACAGCUUUUGGAAGAAACCGAUUGCGACUAGUAAUUGUGGUUUUGAAUGCUUUGUCGUUAAUGUUUAAGUCUGCUAUAAUUACUUUUAUUUUACUCUAUUGCAGUACGGGAGACAGGCCAGCGAAACCAGGGUUUCUUUUUAAACUGCAUGGCUGUCAAGAAGAUAGCGCCCGCGAUAAAUAUUUGGUCAGGGCAGGCAAUUUUCCCGCGAUUAUGCUCUGUAUUACAUGUACACAGAGCCUGACACAAGUCUUGUCCGGUCGCUUUCCAUCCACACUAUAGUUUUAUAUUUUCGUAACCGAUAAAAUUCCGAGGAGAAAUGUCAAUUUCAUAACUACAACAACAAUCUAAUAACCACUAAAUAUAUCAUUAUCUAAUUAGCGUUAACCAAUCAAAACGAUAUACUAGAUAUGGCCAUGGUAGAAAUAGCCAUAUCCUGAUCUCAGGUUCGACAAAUACUUUUUUUUCUACAGUUACUAUAUGAUUGGUUUGUUUUAGGCGAAGUGUUUGGUUGUGUCUUGUCACUCUUCAUGAGUGCUACAGAUCAACCUUUACCAACUGAUGAAGAAGUAAUUGUCUGCGACGAAAAUACCACAGCUGAAGAG